UUUAGCAAAACUGCAGUAAUAUGUAUGAGUUCAAAUUCAAUGCAAAGCAAUAACUUAAUACAAAAUUUCAAUUAUUGCAUGGAUUUAGUAAAGAGAACUGAUUAUGAGAAUUAUUUAUGCACCUUAUUGGCACCUAGCAGUGUUAAGGAACUACUAUUUGUGCUGCACGCCUAUAAUUCAAUAUUAAGUCAGAUUUUAGAACAAACCAAAAUUAAGGAGACUUCAUUGAUGAGAUUUAAAUUUUGGGAUGAAACCAUUAAUAGAAUUUUUGAAACAGAUUCAUGUUCAAGAAAUCCAAUUGCCAGAUCACUUUUAAAUAUGAACCGAAAGUACAAACUUGAUAAAACUUUAUUGCAAGGAAUGAUAACUGCCCGUCAAUGUUCAAUUGGAAAUCCUACUUUUAUAAAUUUAAAGAAUCUAGAAAAAUAUCUGGAAGAUGUAGGGACACCAAUUUAUAGCAUACCUUUGAACAUAUUAUGUCCUAACAAUGAUAGCAAUUUAAAAAUGUCCAAACACAUAUGCAAAUCAAUUGGAAUGGUGAAUUUUGUUAGAUCCAUACCAUAUCAUGCAACUAGAAAUUCUGUAUUAAUUCCUUUAGAUCUAUUAUCUCAAAACAACUUAACCUCCAAUGACGUUUUAUCCAUAUGGCGAACCAAAGAAUCUCCAAUAAAAACGCUCACUAAAAAAUAUCCAGCAACUAAUUCCAUUCUCAAAAAUUUAUCACUCGUAAUUGAACAUAAUUUGUACCAAGCACGCCAACUUAAACAUCAAAUACCAUCAAGCGCCUUUUCCCUAUUUCUUUGUACAGAUAUUAUUGACACAUUCUUAAAAAGGGUAAAAAGAAAUGAAUAUAAUUUCCUGGAUACGUUGCGAAUGUAUGAAUUACAUGGCCGUAAUAAAUUGGUGAGACGGAAUAGAAAUUGGUUACCAGCCAGAUUAUUAUGUAGGAAAUUGCUAAAAAUUUAUUGAUUUCCCAAUUUUUAUAAUUUUUAGUCACUAUAAACGCAAUUGUUUCAUAAGCACAAAUAUGUUAAA